AAACAAAAAAGACAAGAAGUGGAGAAGUCUUUCUUCUCUCCGUCGUUCCCAACACCAAAUCGCAUAAUCAAUCGAUUUCUUAAACUUCAACAAAGAGAGAGAGAGAGAGAGAGAGCAAAAGGGGCAAGGAAACCCUAAUUUCUCCGAUCGUAAAAAAGAAACUAACUUUACUCAAUUCCCCUUUCCGAAAAGCUCACAUGGCGUUCCGAAACUGUAGGUGGGAGCUCCUCGCGGCUUCUCUAACCGUAACCUUAGCUCUGAUUCACCUGGUGGAAGCGAACUCCGAAGGAGAUGCUCUUUACGCGCUUCGCAGGAGCUUAUCGGAUCCAGACCAUGUGCUACAGAGCUGGGAUCCGACUCUUGUUAACCCUUGUACCUGGUUCCAUGUCACCUGUAACCAAGACAACCGCGUCACUCGUGUGGAUUUGGGCAAUUCAAACCUUUCAGGACAUCUUGCACCUGAGCUUGGCAAGCUCGAACAUUUACAGUAUUUGGAGCUGUACAAAAACAACAUCGAAGGGACUAUACCUUCUGAAGUUGACAAUCUGAAGAACCUCAUCAGCUUGGAUCUCUACAACAACAAUCUUACGGGGAAGAUUCCUUCUUCUUUGGGAAAAUUGAAGUCUCUUGUCUUUUUACGGCUCAACGACAACAGGUUGACUGGUCCAAUCCCUAAAGAGCUCACGAAAAUCCCAAGCCUUAAAGUUGUUGAUGUAUCAAACAAUGAUUUGUGUGGAACUAUCCCAACAGAAGGACCCUUUGCACACAUUCCUCUGCAGAACUUUGAGAACAACUCGAGGUUGGAGGGACCGGAACUAAUCGGCCUUGCAAGCUACGACACCAACUGCAACUGAACCAACUGGCAAAACCUGAAAAACAAGAAAUGAGGGGGUGACCUUGGAAGAACACUUCACCACUUUUAUCAAAUAUCACCUGUUGUGUAAUAAGUAUAUAUAAUAUAAUAUUGUCCUAGUUGAAAAAAAAAAGAGUUGGAAUCAGUAAUCAUCUGUCUCAGUUGAGACGGACCGCCCGAAGGCUUUGUGUUCUGUCUGUGUGUAUGUAAAAUCUAUACAUGCGCCUUUAGCGUACUGUAACGUUCGUUGUGCGACACUGAGAUGUAACAUUUGUAUCGGUAGCAAGUUCUUUACCUUGUCUGUAUUAACAUUUGUGUGUAUGAUCUGUCAUAUUAAAACAAAAACUAUGGA